AAGUAGCUAGGCUACUUUUGCUUCUAGCUUUAACUUUGAGCUAUGUUGCAUAGUGCAUUACAGAGACCUAUUUCUUUAUCCCAUAAAAUCCGAACUUCCGUAUGGAGAUUACGUCAUUGCCUUACCCAUAAUAUAUUGUAGGCUACUGUUUUGAACCUAGGGUCAAUCUAGGACUGUACGAUACGUAAGCGUUCAGAUAACAGAAGAAAAUGUUUUCCGUUGUAAGAAGAACGAAAAUACCCCAACAAGUUCUGACCAGCAGCACAAUAUGCUCUCGAAUAGCGGGACACUCGCGGAAAGUUCCGGCGACAUUGAUCAUAAGACCCCUUUGCUCUAGAAUGGAUAUAGAGAAAGGACUGCUCUUCCGGCAAUUGUUUGAGUCGGCGAGCAGCACGUACACAUAUUUAUUGGCUGACACAGCCAACAAAGAGGCUGUUCUUAUUGACCCAGUACUAGAGACUGUUGACAGGGACCUGAAGCUCAUAGAUGAACUGGGGCUCACUCUGAAACUGGCAGUGAACACCCACUGCCAUGCAGACCACAUUACAGGAACAGGACGACUGAAAAAGAGGGUGUUAGGGCUGAAGAGUGCCAUAUCCAAGCACAGUGGUGCCACUGCUGAUAUCCUGCUGUCGGAAGGGGACAGGAUCUCCUUUGGCAAGCAUGUGGGGAACAUUCCAAACAUGUACCUGACUGUGAGGGAGACGCCAGGACACACAGAUGGAUGUGUUACAAUUGUAACUGGCGACCAGAGCAUGGCCUUCACAGGGGACACGCUCCUCAUCAGGGGAUGUGGAAGGACAGACUUCCAGCAAGGCUGCUCCAAGACCCUCUAUGAGUCUGUCCAUCAAAAGAUCUUCACGCUACCUGAACAAUGUCUUAUCUAUCCUGCUCAUGAUUACAAAGGUCAGACUGUAUCCACUGUUGGGGAGGAAAAGAGGUUUAACCCCCGUCUGACCAAGACCCUGGAGGAGUUUAUCCAUAUCAUGAUCAAUCUGGACCUCCCAAAGCCUGCAAAAAUAGAUAUUGCUGUUCCUGCAAACCUGCUGUGUGGACUUCAUGAAAUCUGAGUCUUUCGUUGCAAGAUACAUUUUUGUUAAUAAUUUGAUUCAGAAAUGCAAUAUUUUACAUAUAAUGAGAACAAACUUAUAAACUUAUAAAUAAUUUAUUAAUGAUUACAAUUUGUCUAUUGAAAAGUCAAUGGUCAUGAUUAGGUGGGUGAAUAGACAUGUUAUAUUUGUAUAAGAAUGCUCUAUUAUUGUGAUACAAAUCUCAAAUAUGGAAAUACAGGGGAAAAAGGGACCUAUUGUGUUCAAUUCAAGAUCGUUAAGAUUACUUUUAAAUGUAAAGCCUUUAUUUUACUGCAUCUACAGAGCUAUAAUGAAAGUAAAGUCAGUGUUCAGAUUGGCAUGGUCUAUUCACAGUUUAGUGUUCAUCAAUACUGAGCUUACACAAUUGAGCUUCUUCACAUUAACUUGAAAUGAUACAGGGUCCUUUUGCAAAAGCAGUACACUCUCACAUAGUACUACGUCUGUUGUUUGCUGUGGCCUGUCUUUGCAUAUAAUGUAAAUACUUGCAUUUGCAUAAAGAAAAUCCUCUGUGCCAAGUUUCCAUCGUGGAAGUUUAAAAUCUUUCAUAACCUAGUGUUUGUGUGUUUGCUACUGGUCCAUGAAUCCAUUCUCUGAUCUGUUCACCAGUUUUAUCCCAAAUGUUCUCUCUCUCUCCCUCCCUCCCUCUCUCCUCUAGUCUCUACUCCUUUGGGUUCUUUAAGCACAUUCAGGUUCUGCCACCCUGACUCCAUCUCACUUACGCUUUGUUACCCUUUUAAUGUUAACCCUAACCCUAACUUAACAUAGUUGUUAAAGGUGCUGGUUUUCAAAUAUUUUAAUUAUUAAAUUAAAUUAUUCCGUUA